GUCCGUGUUUCAGAGUUGCGCAGUGGACUGUCUGGGAGGGACCGGGCUCCAAAAUUUCGCACCUUUUUCCUUUCAAGGGUCCGUUUUGAUGCUUAAAAUCCCGGGAUUCCUGUAACUAAGGGAGUUCUGGGGUUUUAGUUUCAUUACUGACUGGACUUAGGAAGGUUCUCCGGCUUUUCAUCGCUUGCCACGGUCUGGAAUUCCCGCAGCAGUUGCCGAGCCAUGAGCACCAUGGGACACCAGAAAACUCCCAUCAGCCUCCUGCAGGAGCUCAGCACCCACAUGGGCAAAACGGCGCAGUACGAUCUCAUCGCAACAGAGGGCGCUGCUCACCAGCAGACCUUUGUGUUUCGCGUUACUGUAGGAGAAGUGGUGGCUACUGGUGCAGGGCUGAGUAAGAAGGCUGCGAAACACAAGGCCGCUGAGAGUGCUCUGAACAUCAUACAGGGCAAGGUCACUCCUGAGGAAGCCAACAACAUGAGUCAUCUCCAUACUACUGCUGGAGAACAAAGCUGCCCUGUUCCACCCAGCACCUACUCGGAGUCGGGCGGAGUCCUGACCCCCCCGGACAACCCCAUUGGUCAGCUGCAGGAGCUGGUGGUGGAGCGCGGGUGGAGACUCCCCGAGUACAUCGUGAUCUCGGAACAGGGCCCUCCCCACUGCAAGGAGUUCACCAUCCAGGUCAAGGUCGAGAAGUUCAAGGACACAGGGACUGGUUCAUCCAAGAAGGCAGCGAAGCGUUCUGCGGCGGGGGUGCUCCUGACACGACUGCGGGAGAUCCCGCCGGACCAGCAGGACAUGGUGCGAGACGCAGACAUCGACGAGGACUCCGUUCCUUUUGUUGUCCGAGACAACAAGACUGGCGUGAAGCCGAUGCACUCUGCCCGUAUCGGGAUCACCUGGGCGACGCUGCGGAACUCUGCGGGAGAGAAGAUCACGCGGCUCAAGUCCACCUCGCUGAGCACGCCCAACUCCAACUACUGCCAGCUGCUACAGGAACUCGCUGAGGAACAGAACUUCGAAGUGGAAUAUCUGGACAUCGCGGGUAUGUUUGCUGCAGAAGAGUUGAGCGCGUCCAGUCUGCACCAGUGCCUGGUCCAGCUGACCACCCAGCCGGUCACCGUGUGCCACGGGCAGGGCCACACCCGGGACGAGGCCCACGCUCACGCCGCUCACAACGCGCUGCAGUACCUCAAGCUCAUGGUCCGCCGCGCCUGAAGUCAGCAGGUCACAGGUCAAGUCGCAGGUGUAUGAUUGAGAACUUUCGUCACUUUCUUAGCUGGACUUUUAUUCUUGCAAGAGUCGCUGGAGUAAGUUAUUAGCCAUUAUAUGGUUGUGCUGGAAGACAACAUGAAAGAAAAACAAAAACAAAACAAAAAUGUAGGUCACCGUUGUCCAGAAAAUAGGAAAAGUUGAUUCAGGCUCAACUUUAAUCCAAAUUCAUUUGAAGGAUGUCUGAGAAUUAGGUGAAAAUAAAAUAAGAGGAAAAUGUCUGACGUGUUGUGAAAAAGUGCAAUGUAAGGGUCGCUUCAUUCAUGGCAGUCCUAGGACACAAAUUGUUUACCAUCUGUCUAACUGUACUGCCACAAAGAAAUUUUAAGGUUUUCUUGGAUGUAUACGCUUAAAGAAUGUGUAGAAAUGGGUCUUAGUCAACAGAUUUAGCUUCUCAUUGACAAGUCAAGCCAUUACCAGACUGGCAUGACUUUGUGAUCAAUGGAAACCAUUGCAUUGUGUAAUUAUAAUAAUAAUUAUUGUAAUACUUGCUGACUUGCAGCUGCAUGGCUGCUAAAACAAACCAUCUCUGUAUAUGACGCUUUCAUCCCCAAAUAUUUGGUAGGCAAGGCACACUAGAAAUUUGUGCUCACAAUUUAAGGUAUAAUUCAGUGUCCUGGCCAGAUAAAAAGAAAAAGGAACCAAAAAUGACACUGGCCACUUUUGUUGUAAACAAGUGAAUGCGUGUGUUGAUAUCACAAAGGCAUUGGACGUUGAUGAUUGGAUACAAGCAGUGUUGGGCAACAGUUAUCAAAUUGAAAAACAAAAUCAUACCUUCUGAUAAAAAAAAAGAAUUUGGCAGCUCGCCAGGCCAACUUGAAAUGAAAAUGAUUCUGGUACCCAGCAUGCACUGCCAGAUCACAGGACCCAGAAGUUGUCAAUUGAUAUAUCUAUGAGUGCAUCAUUUUUAUGGAAACUACUUUCUGAUAUCAUAAUAACAAACUUAAGGUUUUAGCCAUCAAAGAGCACUGUUGUUAGAAGAAUAUUCUUGUGACUUUUACUCAUAGACUAGAAUGAGAGAGAAAUUUUCUGACAAUUGUGCAACAAGACCAAAGCAACAGCUAUGGAUGUGGUCCAAACACAUUUUUUGUUUCUUUUCUGAUGAGGGAAGUUCUCAGGAUGCCUUUUGGCAAAUAUUGUAUAUUCUUCAUCCACAAUUUUCCUAGGAGUUUCUACUUUGAAAACAUUUGGAAAACACCGACUUCGGGGGGCAUACUACAGUGUAACGAUGGUUUUUGCUUGGUACUACACAGUCAUGUACUAAAAACUCCUGUACAAGCACUGAGCUUUUUAGUGCAGCCAUUUUCCAUAAGUCCUCCCAGAAAUCUUUCCUUUGUGAAAAGGACUUCCACAGCUGUUGUCAUGGUAACAAAAGAUAAAAUAAUCUGUGCAAAAUCUUAUCAAAUCAUGCAGGAAGCCAUGUUGCUGGAAACGUAAACCUUCUAUUGAAGGGAACUCACAAAUAUUGUGCAUUUGUCUGUGCCAUACAAAACUACAAGUCAAUUAGUGCACUCAUCUACAGAUCACUAACAAGUUGUUGAAUACUAUAGUCAUCUUAGAAAUCAAGUCAUUGCUGCCCGACUUGUUGAAAUUGUAAUUGAUAUAGCUGAUAAAGAACACAGACAUUGCUUUUAAGAAUCUCAUGCUCACUUGAGCAAUUAUGCAAUGAGAAAAAAACGUUGCACAUGUGCAAGAGUUUACAAAUUAGUUACUAGUAUCUUGCACAAAAUGUGUUCUAGAUUGUGAUAAUUACUGUAAGAAGAUUGUGUUGCUGUUUAUGUUGUAGGAUAUAUUUGAGCUUUAGAAGCUUGUUCAAUGAUAGGACUGACUUACUCUGAUAGAUGUAUUUAUGCACAUUCCUCCCACCUUGUGGACAGGAAUCCCUUAAGAAACCCCUCCCAAAACUCUCCCAAACUGUUGACUGUCAUCCACUGCAAUGUUACUGUGUAAUGCUCACAUUCUGUUCUUCUGGGAUUCCUUUACAUGGGGUAGGUUUCUGUUGCAAGGAAAUUCAAAAUGUCUCAAGUGUCAACGACAUAUUUUAAACAUGUAACCUACAAAGCUGAGAUCAGGUAUUUUGUACAUCUCUCUUUACUACAAAAAAUUUCAAAACAAACAGUCACGAAAUUGUGAUGCUGAACUGUUGAACAAGUACAUUAAACAAUAAUGGGAUUUUGUGUCUAAAAGAUCUUUAGUACCAGUAGGUGAAAUGUGGAUAGGGGGCUAGAGGGACAACCUAUGGCCCUGUUCCCACUAGGAUAAAAUUGUCCGGAUUGAGCCAGAUUGAUUCGCUUUGAUCCGGAUCAAAGCAGAUUAAUCCGGCUUGGAUUCAGAUCGUAGCCGGAUCAAAGCAAAUCAAUUUGGCUCAAACCAGACUAUCCUAUCCUCGUGGGAACAGGGCCUAAGUCUCAUCUGUCUCAUAGAGCUACAAAGUAACCUGAAAGAAGCCCAUUCCAAUCUUUCAGUAGUAGAGUAUAAUGUAGGUUCAAAAAGCAGGUUUUGGAAGUGGUACUAUGGGGCUGUAUGAUAUCUAGUCUCUUUGUUGCUGCUAUGGCAAGAAAAUGGCUAGAAAAUAACCCGAGCAUAGCCAGUUUGUAGGAUACCCAGCUGGAUUUAACUCCAGUGGGAAAUGUAUGAUGCCUAAGUUGGCUGGCAUCCAGGCUAGGAAGAGAGCCCUGUAGUUACUCACCAAUAACCUGCACUUCCUGGGAUCAGGUAAAGACCUGAAACUUGUGCAGCCUUACUUUAUUGUUCUGUAGUAAACUGGGGGAAAAAAAUCCUACAGGCCAGAAGUCUUAAGUCAAAGCAAACAUGCCCCUUUCCCAGGAAGUCUAUUUUAAUGGAGAUUGACCUCACUAGCUGACCCAAAAUCAGGUGGGAAGCUAUCAAAUUGUACAAUAACGGACUCUAUAUGUCCAUCAGUGGUGCCAUAAUUGCAUCAGACGUAAUAGAACUACUCCUUCAUGAAUGUAUGCUUGAAUGUAAAGUUGUCCCACACACAUCUGUUGUGGCCCAUCUGUGCUAUAAUAACUGGGCAAACUUUGGACUACACCAUUGAAGAGUUGUUUGUGAGAGGCUGGAAAAUGCAGUGCUGAAAUUUUGAAACGAUCCCUGCCCUUCUUUCAUGUUGAUUUUAUGUCUUAAAUGGCAGACCAGAAAAAAAAAUGGAAUUACGGAGAGGAGUUUUAAAAACAAACCAAAUUUUUUUAGUAACUUCACAAGGAAAGAAAAUUCAAGCUUCAAAUUCAAAUUACUACUGGCCCAAAUUCCUGGUCCACUCCUAAACAGUCCGUUUCAACAGAGUACACUCAAAAAGAAGAAAAAUCCAGUCUCUACCUGUAAACUUUUUUUAUGGAAUAGUCCAUCGAUAUCUUGCCUAUAUCAGACAGCUGUAUGUCAAUGAAGGGCAUGGAAGAUUUCAAUGCUGCAUGUUUGGCAGGUGAUGCUACAUGUGUAUCUUUUUUAACCCUCACAACUUCAAGGUUGAUUGAAGCUGGUUGUUGUCAUCAGUCAAGUGACAGUUGGAGGGUUAUACAAGUCAUGUAUACCCCACUGGUGUACAGCUGUUGUAGAUGUGUCAUUGCAAAUGUUUGUGCUGUUUUCUAUGUAAUAUAAAAUAAUGGAAUCACUGUUUUCUCACAUCUCAAAACAUUUGAGAGGGAAUUCAGUGAAACAGCCAUUCUGAACGAAAAAAUCCCCUUUUUACCAAAGUUCACCAAUGUUAUUUUGUGAGAAUUGUGGCAGAAUGGUUGUAAUGAUUGUAAUGGGUGACUUUUGUAAGUGUGGUACUAGUAAACAUUUCUUGUGAUCACCGUUGUGUGUUGGUAUAUUUUGUAGCAGGUGGUGAUAUAAUAUUAUUUUGUAUGUUGAAAAAUGUAGAAAGUACUAGCACCAGGUGUAAUAAAAUGUGAGAAUUUAAAGGACUUGA